AUGGCUAUGAAGAUGAUGGGCCACGUGCUGUGGCUACUGCCUUUCAUGCUGUACUGCGUAUGUGUAUGCGUAGUGGCUAAUCUAGAUAAAGGUGGUACUGGUAUUCCUGGUGCCCCUGGAUUUGGUGGAGUGCCUGGUGUUCUUCAUCCUAAUCCUUCACAUCUACAACUUGGUGUUGUGGGUGCUUGGCCUGGUGUUGGUAUGCCUCAUAAUAAUGUAGGGCUCCAACCCGCUAUUCCUGGUUAUAAUAGUAAGCCUGGAAUUCCUCCUGUUGUUAAAAUGCCUCCUGUUAAGUCUCCUCCUGUUGUUGGUGUUCCUCUUGGUCCACAGCAGGCGUCUCACUCUGCCUCUGCUGGUCCUCAGGGUCUUUGUGGUACUCCUGGUGUGCCUGGUUCUUGUCCUGUUGUUGGUGUUCCUGGUAGUCAUGCUCACCCACAUACUCAUCCUUCUCCAAUACCUCCUCCACCUAAUCAUGGUGCUGCUCGUAGACCUGCUGCCCCUGAUCCACAUGGUCUUGCUGGUUCUCAUGGUUCUCAUGGUAUGACUCUUUCAACUCACCUUGAUGGUGGUGCUGUUAGUCUGCCAGGAGUUGGUGUUGGUCCUGCAUCCAAUAAGGAAGAGAAACCUUCUAUCAUAGCGAAGAGUAAUCCCAAUCAAGUUAAUGAGAGUGAGAAGGAUAAUAAAAAGACACCAAGGGAGUCAAAAGGAGAAUUGAAUGACUGA